GUCUAUUAUCGAGUAGGCCAAAGCAACACGGAAAAGCUGGCGAAAACCCAAUUCUCCCUUUACUCCUUAUUCAUGCCAAUUUCCAGCCCAAAUUCCGCUGCUUUCCUUUCCGAUUGAGGGUUUUUUUCCGAUAUGGGUUGUACCCAAUCCAGGAUCGAGAACGAGGAAGCCGUCAACCGGUGUAAGGAGAGGAAACAGUUUAUGAAAGAUGCGGUGGCCUCGCGCAACGCCUUUGCGGCGGCCCACUCUUCAUACGCCGUCGCCUUGAAGAACACUGGUGCUGCUCUGAGCGGUUUUGCCCAAGUUGAGGUACAUAAUUCCAGUCAAUCAACCCAUCCAGCGUCGCCCGGACGGGGUGUAGGGCCGUCAGUUGUACCGCCUUCGCAGACGCCUUUUGGGGAGCCGGCUUUUCGGCCGCCUCCACCGCCGGAUUCCGUUGCUGCGUUCGAUGCUUCUCCGCUCCAACGUGCGGUUAGUAUGCCUGAGAUUAAGCAGAAGUCGAAACCGAUUGAGACGACUGCUACGAUUCAUGAAGAAGAAGAGGAUGAAGAAAUUGAAAGUCACGACCGAUUGGUGACGCGGAAAUCCCGGAGUUAUAAGACUGGGACGGGCGGGAGUAGUAGGGGCAGUAGGUGGGAAGCUGUGGAGGAGCAACGAGCGGCACCGCCUACUUUGGAGAUGCCUCCUCAACAAGCGUCUUCACAACAUGAUCCGCCGUGGGGAGAUUUCCAUGAUUUCAUAUUUCCGUCUCAACAUAGCGUGCCAGGGACAACUUUGGCGGAUGUCGAGGAGAUGAGGGUGGAGAAGGGGGAAGUAGAGCGGAAGGCGUUUGAAGAAACGGCCAAGAGGAGAGAGGAGGUAGUGGAGCAGGAGAAGAGAGAGGAGGUGGUGAUGGAACAGAAGGUGGUAGCCGUGGAGACGGAUAAGAUGGCGGAGAAGGCUUUGAUAGCGACAGCAAAGGGGAUGAAGAAGGGUGGGAGGGCAGGGCCUAGUACAGUGGAGAAAAGGGUAGCGAAAGGGAACUUAUCGCAAAUAUUUGCGGAUAUAGAUGAUGAUUUUUUGAAGGCCUCUGAGAGUGCCCAAGAGGUUUCUAAACUGUUGGAGGCUACAAAGUUGCAUUAUCACUCUAAUUUUGCUGAUAAUCGAGGGCACAUUGACCACUCUGCAAGGGUGAUGCGUGUUAUUACUUGGAAUAGGUCAUUUAGAGGUGACUUUCAGGAUCGUGGUGUGAAGGAUGAUUUUGAUUUAGAGGAGAAUGAAACUCAUGCAACUGUAUUGGAUAAAUUGCUUGCAUGGGAAAAAAAGCUUUAUGAGGAAGUGAAGGCAGGUGAGCUUAUGAAAUUUGAGUACCAAAGGAAGGUUGCCACACUAAAUAAACUAAAGAAACGAGGUACCAACUCUGAAGCAUUGGAGAAAGCAAAAGCAGCAGUAAGCCAUCUGCACACAAGAUAUAUAGUUGACAUGCAAUCCCUGGAUUCAACAGUUUCAGAGAUAAAUCGUUUGCGAGAUCAACAGUUAUAUCCAAAACUUGUUCAGCUUGUGGAUGCGAUGGCCACAAUGUGGGAAACUAUGCUAGCUCACCAUGAGAACCAGGCUAGGAUUGUGGCAGCCUUGAGAGCUUUGGGCCCCUUUCAGUUCCCAAAAGAGACAAGUGAGCACCACCAUGGACAUACUUACGAGCUUUUGGCAGUUGUGAAGGAUUGGCACUUACAGUUCUGUAAGCUCAUAGACCACCAGAAAGAUUACAUAAAAGCCCUUAACAGUUGGUUAAAGCUAAAUCUUGUUCCAAUUGAAAGCAACUUAAAAGAGAAGGUUUCCUCUCCCCCAAGGGUUCAAAGUCCUCCUAUUAAGAGUCUCCUUCUUGCCUGGCAUGAUCACCUGGAUAAACUUCAAGAUGGUGCUGCAAGAAAUGCUAUGUUUAACUUUGCUGCUGUGAUAGAGACUAUCAGGUAUCAUCAAGAUGAUGAGAUUAAGUCAAAGUUGAAAUGCGAAGAAACUCGUAAAGAGCUUACCAGGAAAAAAGGGCAAUUUGAAGACUGGCACCGUAAGUACAGGCAGCUACGAACACCAGAGGAAUUGGAUCCAGAGAGGACAGAUAACAAUCAGAAUGAUCCUGUUGCUGAGAGACAUUUAGCAGUGGAAGUGUUAGAGAAGAGGUUAAAAGAAGAGGAGGAAGCCUACCAGACACUAUGCAUCCAGGUACGAGAAAAGUCUUUCGUGAGUCUUAGAACUUGCUUGCCAGAGCUCUUUAGGGCAAUGUCAGAGGUUGCCCAUUCCUUUUCGUCUAUGUACAAUGAGCUAAGGUCCGAGUGGAAUCUUAAGAAGGCAAAUCAGAACUCCUCGUGAUUGCUUUAUCUGCUGGUGUGAUUUACUGUGUAAUAUGUAAUUUUGUUUGCUUUACCAAAAAAAUAGGACAAACGCGGAGAAUCAUAUAUUCAACAUGUAUUUUCAUAUAGAUGAUCUCACAGGUUUUUUGGUGUCGUAAGGGUGAAUUUAUGAGUAUUCUUGGCAUCUGUUCUGUAUUUCAGAAGUUUCUCAGUAUAUCUGCUUGCAUUUUCUAUGCUGAAAAUUUCAUUU